AUGGUCUUAGACAAUCGGGUCAAUGUCUCUUACGAAGCUGAAAGCUCGAACAGAAAUUCGACUUUUAGACGCCGGCUGUUUAAUAAGAUUUCGUUAAAGAAAAGUGCUAAAAGAAAGGAUACUGCCAAUACCAAGCUCCCGGACGAGAACUGCUUAACGAACUGUGACACACACUACCAAGUCCCUCAUUUAAAAUUACGACUUUGGGAACCCAGGACAGCUGAAGAUACUUACAACGCAAUGUCCAAGAUGAAGCCACAUCUCUCACGGAAGCAAGCAUAUUUAGACAGUCUUUUAAAGGUUCCAGAGCAGACAGAUGAUCACGUUCGACUUUCUUUAACAGUAACACAAAAGCCUCUUAAAAAUGGAGAACUUGUCCAUGGUUAUAUAUCAUUCUCUCUUUCAGCAAGCGUUCCUUUCUUUCUUCAAGCAAUAAAUUUAGACUUCUAUGGACAAGCACAACUUCACAAGGAGAAGUCAUUUAUUUUUCUCUCGUGCAGUCAAAACUUUAUUCGAAGUAAUGAUGCCAAUUUACCGGUGGAGCUUUUAGAGUAUGCACAAAACAUAACUGAACAUGGCGUAUAUAUGAAAACUCCAUGCAAUGUUAAUAUACCGUUCACUUUCAAGAUACCGGAAGAAGUUGGCCCCGGAACUUUUCAGUACAAUGUCGUGAACAUUUCGUACGCCUUCUCAGCUUCACUCGUUUGGACACAAUUAGGCGAUAAGGAACAUUUUGUAAGGUUGACUUAUCCGAAACGGGUUGUUCCACGGGUGGAUUCUGAUAUCGUUUGCGCUUCGAACACCAUUGUUUGUGAGGCCCCAGAGUCUUCUUCGGAAAAACGUAGACUGACACUGAUCAGAGCGAGUAUCCCUCGUUCAGUUUUCACUUGCGCUCAGAGUGUUCCGGUAACGGUCUACAUAAACAAUAGCUGUCACCAAAAGGUUCAUCAUCUAAAAGUUGAAUUAUUAGAAACGGUAGCAAUUUCGACUACGACAAAAGCACCAAAGAACUACAGCGAAGAACGUAAUGGCAAUGUAUCUCAAACAUUAAAAACGAAAACACUUUCCAGUGUAACCAUUCACUGUGGGCACGACAAUCAAGUUCUCAUCAAGGAGACGGGAACAUGCUUCUCCUUGGAGAUCCCGUUUCACUGUCGGAGCAUUGAAUUCAAAAAUCGGUUCGCACUUGCGUACUCGCUUAAAAUUACGGCUCGAACAAGGCUACGACAGAGACUCGCUUCUGUUCGAUUUCCUUUAACCAUCUUGGGCGAACCCGUGGAAGAAGCCGAUUUUAAUACUGAAUCCGAGAACCCGAUGAUUUCCGAUCCCCCUACCCUCUAGACAGAACUAGGGUAGUUGACCUUAAGUCAUGCGUUCGCCUGUUUACGCUUUGAGACAUAGACUUAACCAUCAGUCAAUGACAUGCAUAGUAUCUUUCUUCAAGUAAUAUAUCUAAGAGUUCUCAUGAAAAUGGUAUUGAUGCGCAAAUGUAUAGGUCUUAUUUUCACUAGAAAGGAGAAGCUAGGCAAAAAUACAACAUCAUCGUUGACGUGAGAGGCAAAAUUAUCAAGCAUCAUACAUCGACCAAAAUCCUAUUAUACAGGUUUAAAAUCUUCAAGUGCAUUGGAGCAAUGCACAACAAACACGUCUUAAUGAAAGUGACAAAAUAGCCGCAACAGCAUAAAUUGAUGAUAAUAAUAAAUGGAUCCUCAGUACCAUGAAUCCAGUGGUUGAAUAAUGCUUAUAAGAAAAAAAUUACCAGAGCCAUGCCGUGUUUAGCUACGGUGUUUUGAGAAAAGUCUUCUAAAGAAACCAGCCCUUUUAGGUUUCAAGCUUCCAUUGCCGGAAGAAAGGGGAAGAGAUGUUUCAGAUUGGGUAUAGGAUGGAUAAGGAGUG